AUGGGAUGGUACCUUAGUUUUUCGUUAGGUCUCUUAAAAAAUCCAUUCUUUCAAAAAUAUAAAGAAAAAAUUGCUUUCAAGAACAAAAGCCAGGACGAGUUGUUGGACUGUAUAAACACAAGAAAAAGAGUUAAGACUGAGGAAGAUAAUUUGCCUUUGGCGUAUUUGCAUAAGUUAACGUCUACAUCUGAAAGUUUCAUUAAAAAGGCUUAUCCCGUGAAGGCUCUGAAAGACUUUGCAAACGUAGACAAACUUCGAGAUAGAACCGCCGAAGAGAUCUCCGCUCUGUGGUUGCAAUACUUUAAAUUCCAAAAUAAAGUUUUUGCUGUUCUCUCUUCAGCUGUAUAUGACACUCUUGCAGAGCACGCAAAGGCUUGUCCCUUAUUUAUAUAUCCCGUUCCCAGACAACACGGCUACGAAUUGUUUUUUACUCAAUAUUCUCAAAAUCACUUUUACGCUACGAGCCUAUUGGACUAUAAAAAAAACCAAGAGUUCGCUAGCGUUGUUUUGACUAUCUCGUACUUUUUAGAUUUUUCUAAGGAUAAAGGAAUAGCAUUGAUGCUAGGAGAUCCUGACACGAGCAGAAUUUCUACAUUUGAAGCUCAAUCAUUAGCAAACCAGAUCACUACCUAUUAUUUGAACUUAGAGAAGUACAACAACUUUGUUAAAGUUUUUAACACCGAUCCCAGUAACUUUGAUUAUUUGCAGUUAUUUAAAAACUUAACCCAUCCUUAA